GUCAUUAGAGGUCGCUUUUCUUUGGAGUAAUUGUUUCGAAGGAUUUGUCUUCCCAGUGUGUUAUUUUUUAAUUUAAAAAUUUCGAUCGCUCGCUAUAAUUUAUUUCAAUUUAUUUGUAGAAAUAUUGACUAUAGAAUUGCUCGGCGAUUUUGUUUGUUUACGUUGACUCGUCAACUCGUGACCAUACGUAAAUACUCUAUAGAGCUUCGUUGUAAAUUAAGUUUGCCAUAUUGUAUCAGAAUAAUAAAAGCAGAGUCAGAGAGCACAUUCAAUAAAAUGGAAUCCAACGGUACCGUCCACUACGCAGCCAAAGUAAAGGAAGAGCCCGAGGAUAUGUCGCUUCACGAGGAUGAUGAUUAUCGAAUGGAUGACGAUACUUUUGAUACCAAAAGUUUUCAAGACGAAUCGACUCGUAUGUUUAAAAGAAGCCAAGAAACUCACGAAAUUCAAUCGAACCCCGAGAUUGAGAUUGAGAUUGAAUGCGUGGAUGUAAAACCGAUUCUAAAUUUAUCAGUACCUAAACGGUUAGAUAAUUGGACGAAAAAUCACUUGCUGGAUAUUCAAAAUGGUAGUGAUUUUGAAGCUAAAUCCAAAAUAAAAAUAGAACCCGAGGAUGCUGUGAAAGAAGAAUUUUCAUAUGAUGAUAUUGAUAAAGAUAUAAGUAAUGAUUGCGAAAUCAACGGACAAAAUAUAAAAAUUGAUCCUCAAGAAUCAGCAAAAAUCAGUGAAAAGUCUAUAAAGUGUGACAAGUGUUUGAAGAAAUUUCCCAACAAAAGAAGUCUUAAAAUUCACAUGAAUUCAGUGCACAGUAAUAAUCUCUAUCCAUCUCAAGCGUGUGAAAAGACAUUCGGACAAAAGAAUAUCUCGAAUGUCCAUACCGAUUCGAUGCAUAAUAAAAUAACUCAUGCAUGUGAAAUAUGCGGAAAUGUGUUCAAACGAAGAUCUGAUCUCAUUAGACAUAUCGAUGCGAUACAUCGUAAAAUCACUUACCCAUGUGAUAUUUGCGGAAAGACAUACUCAUACAAGAGUCAUCUCAAAAUCCACAUCGAUGCGCUGCAUAAUGGUGUCACAUAUUCGUGUGAUAUUUGCGGGAAGACAUUCGCACUGAAGAUCAAUCUCAAAAAACACGUCGAAAUGAUACAUCAUAAAAUCAAACAUGCAUGUGAAAUAUGCCAAAAGACAUUCUCAGACAAGAGCAAUCUCAAAAAACACAUCGAUUCGGUGCAUAAUGGUGUCACAUAUUCUUGUGAUAUUUGCGGGAAGAUAUACGCAGUAAAGAUCAGUCUCAGAAUCCACAUCGACUCAGUGCAUAAUGGUAUUUCUUACGGAUGUGACAAAUGCGAAAAGACUUUUACGCAGAAGGGUUAUCUCAAAAUCCAUAUCGAUUCGGUGCAUUAUAAAAUCAAGCAUGCAUGUGAUAUUUGUGGAAAGACAUUCUCACAAAAGGUAAAUCUCAAAACCCAUACCAACUCGGUGCAUAAUAAAAAUACUUGUGACAAAUGCGGAAAAAAAUUCGUAAAAAAAAGCAAACUUAUUGCUCACAUCGACACAGUACACAAUCAUGUCAAGCCUCACCAGUGUUAAUAAGAGUUUCCACAGUAUGAAAUGAAUAUUCUUGAAAUGUGUACCAAUUCAAUUAUGAAUCAACUUACCAAUUCAUGUAAUAAGUGAAAUGUAUAUUCAACAAAAUUAUCUUCAAAUUUAUGCAUAUAUUUCAUGUAUGGUGAAUUUGAAAAAUGUUCAAUAGUUAAAGGCAACUUUUAUAUUUAAACAUUUAUUUUAUUAUCUGUCCUUUUUUUGUAUAUAUGAACAUAACAUAAAAAACCAAUUGAGUUGAAGCGCUCAAGUGGUACACACUCAUAAUACAUCUUCGAUACAUCAAUAGUUAAAGCCGCAAACAUUAUAAUGAAGGCAAAAAACUUGUAGUUACAUGAUGCAAAUCGCAAAAAAUAAA